AUGGAAAAAAUUGAAGAAUUAGAAAAAGCAUCUGAAAAAGACCCUAUCUCAUUCUGGAAAUCACUCAAAACAUGUACCGAUAAUCUAGAUUUCAAUGAAACUAAAAAUAUGCCUGCAGAAGAUGAAUGGUUGGCUUAUUUUGAAAAACUACAUUCUGAACAUAAAUUAGGUGAUGCGCAAGAAGAAAAUCUUGAAUGCAUAAAAAACUAUGAAAAAAACCAAGGAUCAGUUUAA